AACUGGGCAGGAUCUCACGCGAUCACAUGGAACCCCAUUCAUGUAUGAUUUACGUACUUUUCUGUCGUAUCCAAAUGAAACGGGUCCUUUAUUUCCGAAAAUCUUACUUGGGAAUGAAAUUGAGUCUCCAGGAUCAGCUGUGGCCGGCGUCUUGUUCUAAUAAACAAGUAAUGAACCUCAGAAACAGAUGAAGAAUGGAGGGAAUCCUAUUCAAGUGGACAAAUUACAUAAGUGGUUGGCAGCCUCGCUGGUUUGUACUGGAAGGAGGGACUUUGUCCUACUAUGACUCGCAAGAGGAUUCCUGGAAAGGUUGCAAGGGAAGCAUCAAAAUCUCAGUGUGUGAAAUACAAGUCCACUCCUCUGACUUCACACGAGUUGACCUGACCAUCCCUGGAGAACAGUACUUCUACCUCAGAGCCAUCAACGCAGCGGAGAGGCAGAAAUGGCUGGUCGCAUUGGGAUCUGCAAAGGCCUGCCUCACAGACAACCGAACCAAGAGAGAGAAAGAGCACCAGGAGAACACAGAGGCUCUUAAGACCAAGAUGUCAGAGUUGAGGCUCUACUGUGACCUUCUGCUCCAGCAAGUUAACCAGAUCAAGGACAGUGAGGAGACUGAGGAGGCUGGGGAGAACCCUGGCACCAUGGUGAAAUCUACAUGCACUACCUUCAUCAAGACGUUGGAGGAGUGCAUGCUGAUCGCCAACCACACCUUCAGCUCAGACCAGGCCACAAAGACCCCGCCCGGGUCACCUCCCGUGGCAACCAUCAAACCCCAGAAGGUCAAACCUGUCAAUCAAUCAAAUCAGGAAAAACACAGGGAGUGUAAAGAAAUCUCCGGAGGAUCUGUAACACAUGACAACCAGAGCCUUGACUCUGGAGCAGAGGGACCAGACCAACGAGACGGACCAGACACGCUCCCUGAGAGAACCACCCAAACACCCCCAACAGAAAAUAGCCCAGUCGGCGGGGACCCCCAGGGCCUAGAGGAGUCUGCAGUGGAAGAAGAGGCCACUACCCAAACCACCCACACAAACCCUGACCCAGAACACACCGACCAACCAGCACAGCAGGAAGAGGAGGAGGAGGAGGAGGAGGAAUUCAAAGAGGUGGAGCAGGAAAUGAGCAACGCCCAAGAAGAAGAGAAACAGGAAGUGACCCAGAACCAACAGGAAGCUGUCACUGACCAAGAGGAAGCCAAGCUGGAGGAGGAGCAGCCUGCCCAGCCACAGGGAGAAGAAGAGGAGACAGAGCAGGUGGACACAUUCUUCAGUACGAUGAGUCACAGAUUUAGUGAUAUAAGACUGGACGGUGACAGUGGUAUUCCUACACAAGCCUUGGACUCAUGCUAUGCAAUAGUGCCUGUAUUAGAUAAACUAGGAUCCACAGUAUUUGGUCCAGUAAAAAUGGAUUUUACAGGCAACAUCAAGAAGAUCCACCAAAAGCUGUCGUCGGACCCGGGCAGCUUCCCCACACUGCAGACCAUAGUGCUUCACGAGGUGCAGACCGGCGUGGCCCGCGUCCGCAACUCAGCCACCGAGGCCCUGCUGUGGCUCAAACGAGGACUCAAGUUCCUCAAGGAGUUCCUGUCCCUGGUCAACUCUGGGGAAAGGGAUAUCCCCGGAGCGCUGGGUAAUGCUUAUGGACGGAGUCUGCGGCAGUAUCAUGGAUGGGUUGUGCGAGGUGUAUUUGCUCUGGCCCUCCGAGCAGCGCCGUCAUACAGCAGCUUCGCAGCGGCUCUGGUGUCCAGAGAGGGGGAGGAACUGAAAGAAGGAUUCAACACAGGCAUGCACCGGGACCUGGGGGUCUACCUGCCUGCCAUGGAGAAACAACUGGCCAUCCUGGAUGCCCUGUAUGAAGAAUACAACCUGGAGUCAGAUGAGGUGGUCUGAGAGGAGACGAGAUCCCAACUGGUGGCCUGAGAGGAUGGGAACGAGAUCCCAACUGGUGGCCUGAGAGGGACACUACCAGAGGAGGAAGAGAGCCCUCAGACUCAGACCAUCUGGGAUACACUGAUGAAGGAGGAGGAGGAAGAAGUGGAGGAGGUAGAAGAGGAGAGCCCGGUCUGAGCCGCCGCAGCAGAGCGGUGGCUCUGGUGUACUUGAUGUAGUGUACAGUACUUUAGACUCAGGCUCUUUUCCCUCCUGUGACUUCCAUUAUGAACAGCUGCACCUGUGGUUGCUGAGAUUGCACAAAUAUGGACUUUUACUUUAAAUUGAGGCUGAUAUUGUUAUUAUUGACAGCAUUAUUUGACAGCCUACAUAGGCUGCAUGUAAUGAACUGCAUACAACACUGAAGAGUAUAAUGUAGCGGUGUUAGUAUUGAUCCCUGCUGAACUCCUACACCAAUAUACUGUAUCUACAUGGAUGACCUGCGUACCACCACCAACCCACCUCCUCUCUCCCUCCAGAAGCCACCUCCUCUCUCCCUCCAGAAGUCACCACCUCUCUCCCUCCAGAAGUCACCUCCUCCCUC